AUGAUUGAUUGGGCACUCACGUUUCUGCCUGGUGCAGCGCAAGGUAUGACAACUGUUGUUCUGGGUCAGCCUCUUGACAGUGCAAAGACGCGUGCGCAGGCGUGUGGUCCGUUGGCGGCCCGCUCGGCGUGGAAGACCAUGUUGGACGUCGCACGCGAGGAAGGUGUGCGAAGUUUGUACCGUGGUACCGGUCCACCGCUUAUCAUGUCGGCAACGAAGCGUAGCCUGCAAUAUGCCUUGUGGGAUUCGAUUCGUGCAGAGAGAAGUUGUAACAAACCGCCGCGAGCGACUCACUCCACCCCCAUGGCCUCUCAUCCCUUCCGGAGUUUACAUGUCAAUGAGCUGCUGAGGUCGGUAGCAUCGUGGCUGGGAGAGUCACCGUUUCGCUCGGGUGCGUGUGCCGGUGCUGCGGGAACGUUUAUUGGCUGUCCCUUCCACGUCAUAAAACUUAGGACACAAUACUCCACGCGGAGAUCAACCAGGAACGCAUGGGUGUGUGCUGCGAAUAUUUUCCGCAGUGAGGGAAUCAAGGGUUACUUUCAUGGAUUCGGUUACCACCUCCUGAAGGAUACGUGUUUCGCUGGGUGCUACUUGGGUUUCUAUGAUGUAAACAGGCGGUGGCUCCGUGCUUGGUGUACUUCGAGUACUGGCACCGAGUCGCCCGGAAUUGAGGAACGGUUGCCCACUGAGUGGACAUUUGUAGCCGGCUGUACGGCGUCUAUGGUCACAUGGGCACUUCUGUAUCCUCUGGACACAGUCAAGACAAUUGUACAAGCCCGGUGCGUAGGAACGCUGGCAGUGGUGGAGCUACUACGAAGAGAAUCACCGCUCGUCAUAUACCGCGGUCUCGGCGUCUCGCUCCUACGCGCUGGACCCAUCAGUGGGGUUUCAAUGGUUGUUUAUGAGUAUGUGAAAAGCCGUACAGAUAGGUGGCAGAAGGAAUGGAGGUAG